CCUUCUGACACAUCCUUCUUCUUUUAGCAUUGUACUGUAUGUAACCAUUUCUCUUUCUCAUACUAACAAUGGCUUUCGUGCUUCUUCUUCUUCAACCACUACCACACUUCACCACCCUUCUUCAUCUCUCUUCACUAUUUUCAUCCUCAACUACUCUCUCCAAAUCCCUUUAAAUCAAACACCAAUAACACGCUCUUCUCUUCACUCUCUUCAAUGGCUUUUCCUUUCAAUAUUCUUCUACUCUCAUACCUUCUCAUUUUCCACCUUUCUUACGCCAUUAACGACCAAAACCCAGAAAAACUUUCCCUCCUUUCUUUCAAAGGGUCACUUCAAAAUUCACACUUUCUUUCUUCAUGGCACAAUACUACUUCACACUGUAAAUGGGUUGGUGUAACGUGUCAACUCGGUCGAGUUACCGCACUCUCUCUUCCUUCUUGUUCCCUCAGAAGCAAUAUCUCUUCUUCUCUUUCCACUCUUUCCUCUCUCACCUCUCUCACCUUACUCAACCUUGAAGAUAAUCAGUUUUCCGGUGAACUCCCCGGUGAGCUUGGUGGGUUGUUUCAGCUAGAAACUCUAAGCCUCGGUUCAAACUCUUUCGCCGGAAAAAUUCCACCGGAUUUUGGUUUUUUAAAUAAACUACGUACACUUGAUCUUUCCGGUAAUGCACUCGCCGGAGAUAUACCGGAGAGUUUUGGAAACUUGACAAAGCUUCAGUUUUUAGACCUUAGCAAUAACAUACUUUCAGGUUCUCUUCCGUUAAGUCUUUUUACCGGAACUGUGAAUUUGAUUUCUAUUGAUAUUUCAAACAACUCGUUUUCCGGCGAAAUUCCACCGGAGAUUGGGAAUUGGAAGAAUUUGACUGCACUUUACGUUGGGAUGAACAAGUUGUCUGGUACAUUGCCUAAGGAAAUUGGAGAGCUUACAAAGCUUGAAGUUCUGUAUUCGCCUUCUUGUUUGAUUGAGGGUCCAUUACCUGAAGAAAUGGAAAACCUUGAAUUGUUGACAAAGCUCGAUCUUUCUUAUAACCCUUUAAGGUGUUCUAUUCCAAAGUUUAUUGGGAAGUUGAAAAAUUUGGAAAUUUUGAACCUUGUUUUUUCUGAGCUUAAUGGGUCAGUUCCAUCCGAGCUUGGAAAUUGUUCAAAUUUGACUAAUGUGAUGCUUUCUUUUAAUUCAUUAUCUGGGUCAUUGCCUCAAGAGCUUUCUAUGCUUCCUAUUAAGACAUUUUCAGCUGAAAAGAAUCUUCUUCAUGGUCCUUUGCCUUCUUGGCUUGGGAAGUGGAGUAAUAUUGAUUCUCUUUUGCUUUCGGCAAACCGGUUUUCAGGUGUGAUUCCACCUGAGCUUGGGAAUUGUUCUGUGAUGGAGCAUCUCAGUUUGAGUAGUAAUUUGUUGACAGGCUCUAUACCUGAGGAGCUUUGUAACGCCGCAUCGAUGUCGGAGAUUGAUCUUGAUGAUAACAACCUUAGUGGUACAAUUGAGAAAGCUUUUGUGAAUUGUAAGAACCUUACUCAAUUGGUUUUGAUGAAUAAUCAGAUUGUUGGUUCUAUACCACAGUACCUUUCUGAGCUUCCUUUGAUGGUGCUGGACUUGGACAACAACAAUUUCAGUGGACAGAUACCUUGUAGUUUGUGGAAUUUAUCAACACUGAUGGAAUUUUCUGCUGCUAAUAACCACUUGGAGGGUUCUCUUCCUGUGGAGAUUGGAAAUGCAGUUAUUCUACAAAGGCUUGUUCUUAGCAACAAUCGUUUGACAGGUACUAUUCCUAAGGAAAUUGGAAGUCUUUUAAGUCUUUCAGUUUUCAAUUUGAAUGGAAAUAUGCUUGAAGGAAACAUUCCAGCUGAGCUUGGUGAUUGUAUUUCACUCACUACAUUGGACCUUGGAAACAAUCAACUCAAUGGCUCAAUUCCUGAAAAAUUGGUGGAACUAAGUGAAUUACAGUGCUUAGUUCUUUCUCACAAUAAUCUGUCUGGGACUAUUCCUUCCAAGGAAUCUUCGUAUUUUCGACAACUUACUGUACCUGAUUUGAGCUUUGUUCAACACCUUGGUGUGUUUGAUCUUUCUCAUAAUAGAUUGUCUGGCACCAUACCUGAUGAAUUGGGGAGCUGUGUAGUGGUUGUGGAUCUAUUGCUUAGCAACAACAUGCUUUCAGGGAGCAUUCCAAGAUCACUCUCGCGCUUGACAAAUCUAACAACUUUGGAUUUGUCUGGAAACUUGUUGUCAGGUUCCAUUCCACCGGAGCUUGGAGAUGCUGUCACACUCCAAGGUUUCUAUUUGGGACAGAAUCAACUCUCAGGUACCAUCCCUGGAAAUUUUGGAAAAUUGACUGCUUUGGUGAAGCUGAAUUUAACAGGAAACAUGCUGUAUGGUCCUAUUCCAACUAGUUUUGGGAACAUGAAGGAAUUGACUCACUUGGACUUGAGCUAUAAUGAACUCAGCGGUGAGCUACCGUCCAUUAUGUCGGGUGUGCAAAGCCUUGUUGGGCUUUACGUGCAGAAUAACAAGCUUUCAGGCCAUGUUGGGGAGCUUUUCUCAAAUUCCAUGACAUGGAGGAUUGAGACAAUGAAUCUAAGUUGCAAUUGCUUUGAUGGAAACUUGCCAUGGUCUUUAGGAAAUCUUUCCUACUUGACGAUUUUGGAUCUUCACCGAAAUCUGUUGACUGGAGAGAUUCCUUUGGACCUUGGGAAUCUAAUACAACUUGUUUAUUUUGAUGUUUCAGGCAAUCAAUUAUCUGGAAAGAUUCCAGAGAAGUUAUGCAGCCUAGUUAAUCUAAAUUACCUUGAUUUCUCUCAAAACAGAUUGGAAGGGCCUAUUCCAAUAACUGGUAUUUGCCAAAACCUAUCCGAAGUUAGAUUUUUGGGAAACAGAAACCUUUGUGGGCAGAUGUUGGGUACAAAUUGUGAGGUCAAAAGCAUUGGUAGAUAUUCAUUGUUUAAUGUAUGGAGGCUUGGUGGAAUUGCCAUCGCAGUCAUAUUAGUAACCUUGAUCUUUGCUUUUGUGCUGCAUAGAUGGAUCAGCAGGAAGCAAAAUGAUCCUGAGGACCUGGAGGAUCGGAAACUUAACAGUUAUGUUGAUCAGAAUCUUUACUUCUUGAGCAGUAGCAGAUCAAAGGAACCUUUGAGUAUCAAUGUAGCAAUGUUUGAGCAGCCUCUUCUGAAAUUAACUUUAGUUGAUAUCCUCAAAGCUACUGAGAAUUUCAGCAAGACAAACAUAAUUGGAGAUGGAGGUUUCGGAACUGUGUACAAGGCCACUUUACCAAAUGGAAGAACAGUUGCUGUGAAGAAGCUUAGCGAAGCUAAAACGCAGGGUCAUCGUGAGUUCAUGGCUGAAAUGGAAACCUUAGGCAAGAUAAAGCAUCAAAACCUAGUUGGAUUGCUUGGUUAUUGCUCAAUGGGUGAGGAGAAACUCCUUGUUUAUGAAUACAUGGUAAAUGGAAGCUUAGAUCUCUGGUUGAGAAACAGAACCGGGGGACUCGAAAUCCUCAAUUGGAACAAACGUUACAAAAUUGCGACGGGUGCAGCAAAAGGACUAGCUUUCCUUCAUCACGGUUUCAUACCUCACAUCAUUCACAGGGAUGUUAAAGCUAGCAACAUUUUACUAAAUGUAGAUUUUGAGCCGAAAGUCGCCGAUUUUGGACUAGCAAGAUUGAUCAGUGCAUGUGAGACUCAUAUCAGCACUGAUAUUGCUGGAACAUUUGGUUACAUUCCACCAGAGUAUGGACAGAGUGGAAGAUCAACAACAAGAGGCGAUGUCUACAGUUUCGGGGUCAUUUUACUUGAAUUGGUGACUGGAAAAGAGCCGACAGGACCAGAUUUCAAAGAGAUUGAAGGUGGAAACUUGGUUGGAUGGGUUGGUCAGAAGAUCAAGAAGGGUCAAGCUGCUGAUGUUCUUGAUCCAACAGUUCUCGACGCGGACUCUAAGCAGAUGAUGCUUCAAAUGCUGCAGAUUGCUUGUGUAUGCCUCUCUGAUAAUCCCGCUAACAGGCCUACCAUGUUUCAAGUGCACAAAUUCUUGAAGGGGAUGAAAGGAGAUUAGUGAUUAACUAGUUUUAAAUUAUGUCAUUGUAGCUGAUGUAGUAUUAAUAGUUAGUUAUGUAACUGCAAACUUCUCCAAACAAAAGCUCAGAGUUGAAUAAUCUAAUCUAGACUGUAUGCUUAUUUGAAGUUCUUGUUUGCAAAAUAA